UGAGCCUGGUCUUACUUGGUAGUCGAGUCUAACCGGAACAGUUUAGUCUUCAGGUCAAAUUUUCCAAGACCAGAUCGGAUUGGGCCAUCUCGGGUUGGACCGAGCUUGCUAAACCACCGGGUUUUUGUAGUCUCGAGUAGGAGAUUCAUUUUUUGGCUUGGCGUUCCACUUCCAUCCUUGGUAGAGCUCGCCUUUGGACGCCAUCCGCUGUUGUCAGCCCUGCGUGGUUGUCCUCCGGCAAGUAUUGAAGAAGGUACGAACUUCGUCUUCGUCCAAAAUCCGGUAGGAGUUUGUGAGCAUUUCUUUAUCCAUAUCAGUGAUAAAUGCUGAGUUGCUGACAAAAGGUUUUGCAUAGAGCUUCUGUUCGGUCUUAAUUUUUAUCAGGUACCUACUCUUUUCCAUGAACCCUUUGCAAAACCUAACCACCAGAAAAUCCAGAUCAAAACCAACGUUGAAGAGAAAAGCCAAAAAGAAGAAGGAUCGUGGAGAAAAUGAGUCGCAAGUGGCAAAAGCCCUAUCAGACUUACCAUUUUGUGUGGCAAAAGUUGCUACUUCACAGAUCUGUCGGUCAGUUGGUUUUAAGAGAACCCAGCUCUUUGCUCUUGAAACCUUUACUAACAUUGCUAUAAAAUAUCUGCGAGCCAUUGGCAAAUCAGCUGCCUCUUUUUCCAAUGCCUCUAAUCGCACUGACCCCAACCUCUUUGACCUCAUCAAUGCUGUUCAUGACAUAUGUUCUGUUCAGGGAUUUCCCACAUCUUCAGAGAUGCAUAAAAGUAAGCUGCUUAGAUCUGGAGCAUUGAGAGAGAUUAUGAAAUAUAUCAACCUAUCCAAAGAAUUACCAUAUGCAAAACCGAUUCCUUGCCCAAGUUUUUCUCAAUUCCCAAAUCCAGUGCAACCGAUUGAUUCAAACAUGUCCAUGGGUUGCUGUCAUACAAAACUGCAAGGUUCUCACAUACCAAGAUGGCUGCCAGAUUUUCCUCCCGAAAGCUCAUACAAGAAUUGCAAUAAGAUGAUUGAGGAGAGGAAAAAUGGUGAAAAGUUGUGGGAACAGUUUGCUCCCUUGGAGAUUUGUGGUGAUGGUGUUGAGGAAAAUAGGAAAAUAUUAAAGGCCAAUGAGGUUUGUGGGAAAGAACUGAAUGAUGGAAGGAUGGAGCUGGCAAAUGAAAGAGGAAAAUUGAAGUUUAAGAUUGGAGGGGAGAAAGAGCAAGCUUUUGGGUUAGGCGUGAAUAAAAAUAGUGGCUUAUGCAGAGGAGGCAAGCGUGUGUGUUGGAAUCACAGUGAAAUGAAUGAUUGUUUGUUUGUGGACCGGAAGAUGAUUUUUAGAGAAAAGGAGUACAGUUGAUAUUAAUAAUGUUUCUGUUUAGGAAAGUAUCCUUCAAGUGUGUAUGCAAAUUUACGCGACUGAUAUGUUUUGACUUGAUUUGAAAGUGGAAAGUUGCAAGCCUCCACAGAAUUUUGAAGCACUGGAUGAUUCAAGUUCGAUGAGCAGGGUUAAAGCUAAAGUUAGUUGGUAAUGUGUUGAUGCUCAAAAGGUAUGUAAUAGCCUAAUAGGCAUAUGACAUCAGGUGCUUAAGUUAACCGGGGAUAGAUCUUACAUAAUGAGCUUGAUUAUCCUGGUGGGAACAUUGAAGCUCAAUGUAAAAGAAACUGUAUCCAUCUUUAUCUUCGUUAAAAAGUACUUAUGAAAUCCUUAAUGAUCACCAUCAUAUAAUAGGAUCAUUGGGGGAAAUGGGGUGGGAGGAAUUGUAUGCUGUCAUUUUGAGCAACACAACAAAAAAUUAGGUGCUUGUUUGAGAUGAAAGAAAACAAUUUUGAAGAUUAAGGUCCAUUUUGGAAAAUGUUUACUUUUGAAAAUAUUUUCUCUGUUUUUGCUGCGGUUUUUACUUUUAAAAAGUUUCUCUUAAUCUCUAAAGGGUGUGGAACCUUCUGAUUGGGUCUUAUGUCCGUCACUCCCUCUGUCAGUUAUCUUGGCACAUGACUGAAGUGGAGCUCUUAGUGAUUUUAUGCAGCCUAUGGUGAAUAGAGAUCGGAAAGGCGUAGAUUAAUCACAUUCCUCUUUUCCUCUGUUUGCUUAAUGUUUUUUACUUGUAGAGCCAAUACAUAACUGAUUGUAAAUUCCCAGAAGGAAUUCAGGCACUUGAAAUAUUGACAGUGAUGUCUAAAUCUA